GAACACACAGCAAAUGAAUAAUCCUCCUGUAACUUUAGCGGUACAACGGCUUUUAACUUGGGCAGUGUCCUAUUUCUGAGAGUGUAUUUAGUCCAGUGUUUCCGCUAGAAAGAAUUGGUGCCGGUCAUGUGACCUGGAAGGUUUCAUUUUAAAGUGUUUUUUUUUUACUUCUUUCGAUAUUUGGCAGCUGUGAAGCGUGCCGAAACCGAAAAAUAUGUUUUGGGCCAAUAUCGGCCAAACAUUUUCGGUGGCAGAAUUUUCGGUGCAUCCCUAUUAAUUAGUAAUGUCUUAAGCAUGUCUGGUAAACUGUGUGGUAUUUUUGGGGUUUUGUUUUAGUUUUAAAGUCAAAGAUUCAAGCAUGGUGAUAUAUGGUCAUUAACUGCAACAAAGUAAACAUGCGAAUGUUGACAAUACUGUUGCUUUCACUUCAUCAUAAACAGAAAAAUCUGGUUUAGCCCUAAAAUUUGAAUAACCCAAUCAUAAUAUGGACAGCCAAGAGACAACUCAAAUGAUCUAAGACAGUUUUUUUAUAUGCAUCAUAGCUGAACGAAAUAGGAAAUGGAGACUUAAGAAACAGGAAUUUCAUUUCUUUCAUGAGAAAGGGAAAAUAUUCAUGAUAUGACUACUAAUGGUUAAUGGGAAGACAUUUCAACAAAACGUCAGUGCAUUCUUCCCUUAUUGGGUCGGGAAAUCCAUUUUGCCGUGUCAAUCUGGGGCGAGGGAUGGCACCACUCCUCAAUGGCAGAGCAAUGUAGGGAUCAGAGAAUGAGCAAACUUUCUUGUGCUGUUUAGUUUCAAAAUCCUGAAUUCAUUUUUAUUUAUUUUUUCUUAUUUAUUUUUUCUGCUCAUCUUCUUCUUUAUAACUCUCGAAUCUCAAAUCAAAACUACAGCAGCUUCAAUGUAUGUUAAUUUUGAAGCUAAUAUCUAGGCUAAUAAUAUGGUAAGACAUGUUGACCCAGAAUAUGACGUAGUUUGUUCCUAGUCCCAUGACUACAAUGAUCUGCCUUGACCAGCCCUUCAUUUCCUAAUGGGCUCUCAAAUUGUUGGACCUGCAGUCAGCCAGGAUCGUAGCCUCAUUUGAGGGAAACACUGCUUUAUUACAUUUUGGUCAAUCAUUAGGUUUUAGACCUUCACUCUUAUUCCUCCUGCUGUUUGCAUGCUGGCCCAUUCUCCCACUCCAAAAAAAUGUCUCCUGAUCAGACCUGCUUAACGACUUUGCUGAUGCUUAAUUGACUGUAUUGUAUUUCUUCUUUCACUUUAACGUUUUAAUAAUCUCUUUUGCUUCUGUUUCAUGCCUGAUCCCUCACUCUAUCUGAUUCUCUGCCCGCUUCUAAGGACUGUCAGAUCAGGGAUUCUCUUUCAGUUCACUUCUUAUUUAGGUUAGAUGUACUCUAGGCCUUUCUCCUCGGGACUGCAGUGGGAUUUAAAGGAAGAGACUUAUUCCCUGCUUCAAGCCUUGUCACUGCUCUUGCCUGAACACUUCCUCCUUGACUGGUGUUUGGACAAGCUUCUCAGGCUACUUUAUGUUGACACAUAGCAUUUCUCCGUCAUGGAAACGCUAGUAAAGGUUCAGAAGACACGCCAUGCCGCUUGUUUCUACUCAACAACAUCAAAUCUACUUAGUUAACUUAAUUCUGUGAUUGACAACACAAAACAUGGACGAAAAUGAUCCCAAGAGCUAAGCGUUUAUGCAAUUAGGCAUACUUAGCUACACAGGUUUAGCAAAUCCUAAAUAUCAAUAGCGUCUGAUCCCUCCUAUGUUUAACCACACCCUAGUUCUGUUUAACUCUUCCUUAGUGUGUCAUAUGAAGGAAAUUUGACACUGGUCUUUAGCGCACAAGAAAAAGUGACUUAACACAACUGUGUGUCUGUGUGUGUGCAGCCGCGAGUUGCCCAAGGUGACAUUCUAAACCAUAAAGGUAUUGACUGAAAACACUGCUCUCUCGGCGUAGACCACUAUACUCUCUGGUGUCGGAACAAAGUGCCGCUUAGGAGCCGCUGUGGGUCUGUGGCAGCGGUCCUCCUUUGGAUCAGCGGACUGGUGCUGGGGUGGAGAGUGCCCGCGUGUGAGGCCACGUAAACAGCCUCUCGGUGUGGCUCCAGGGGGAGGGCGGGCGCCCCUAGGUGGGGUUCCCUGACGACGGUAGCCAGACGGAGGCCCUCCCUCCUCGUGGCGGUCCCUGGUGGUUUGACUAGAGAGGGGAGGGGCAGACACCCAGGAGUCUGUGUCUAUCUAUAUAGCCGAGGGGCUCGCUGCCGAGAACGGUUGUUUGGAGCGUCGGUUAUUGGUGAUGGGUUUUUGAUUGUUCGGCAAGGUGAGACGGGCGGCUUCGACGGAGGCUUCUGGAUGCUGUGCCUACCGUGGCUCAGGUGAAAGAGGACCGGCUGGGAGUCAGGAUGAAGGAGGAGACUGUGUUCCAGCGCAGGCUUUCUCUGUGUCCCAAUGCUACCUCGCCACCCAAGAUUGACCCCCGCACCCUCACCCGCAACCUGUCUUACGGCGGCGACGACGAUCUGUAUCAGCUCAGCACAGGCAGCGAGAUGGACGCCAACGGAGACUCUGUACUGAGCAGCGAGCUCAGCCCUGCCCAGUCACCGAGCAGCCAGUCGGAGUCCCGGAUGUUCAAUGGUGUGGAGAAGGAGUGCCCCUCCCCCACAGAGAGACUGGCCCGGAAGGAGUCCCUCAAGGUCCAGAAGCGAAAUUACAGACAGGAGAAGAAACGGGCAGCCAAAGAACUGUUUAGUGCGCUGAAGGACCCGAGGGUUGUCAUCAUGUCCGACUGGCUCAAGAUCCGAGGCUCGUUGAAGAGCUGGACCAAGCUGUGGUGCAUUCUGAAGCCCGGGGUUCUACUGAUCUACAAGACGCCCAAGAACGACCACUGGGUGGGCACCAUCCUCCUCAACGCCUGCAAGCUCAUCGAGAGGCCCUCCAAGAAGGACGGCUUCUGCUUCAAGCUGUACCACCCUCUGGACAAGUCGGUCUGGGCCGUCAAGGGUCCAACCGGAGAGAACGUUGGUUCCAUAACCCAGCCACUGCCAAGCAGCUACCUGAUCUUCAGAGCUGCCUCCGAGUCCGACGGUCGGUGUUGGAUGGACGCCCUGGAGUUGGCGCUGAGCUGCUCCAGUAUUUACAAGCUGACUGCCAAAGGCGGGAGAGAGGCCGACUUCAACGCGUCCUCUGACUCCUCCCACAUCCUCCACCUGCUGCAGUCCACGGCUCUCAGCGACGCCGAGCUACUACAGUUGAAUGACUCUGACUUCAUGGUGAAUCACCAAAUGGAGACCGACGGCUUCUCUGACAAAUCGGAGCGCGAGGCUCAAGAGGACUGGGACACGCCAGCCAACGAGAACGGAGGGAGGCUGACCGAGGAGAGCGACAUGGACCAAGCGGACGACCUGUCGCCCGGUCUGCAGGCCACGCCUUACGUGGAGCAGGGCCUGGAGGAGAUGGCAGAGGCUGGCGAGGCCUCCCAGGUGGAGACGGUGUCUGAGGAGAACAAGGGGCUGAUCUGGACGCUGCUGAAGCAGCUGCGGCCCGGCAUGGACCUGUCCAAGGUGGUGCUGCCCACCUUCAUCCUGGAGCCGCGCUCCUUCCUGGAUAAGCUGUCGGACUACUACUUCCACGCCGACCUGCUGUCACAGGCGGUGCUGGAGGAGAGUGCGUACGGCCGGAUCAAGCAGGUGGUGCGCUGGUACCUUUCUGGCUUCUACAAGAAGCCCAAGGGUCUCAAGAAGCCGUACAACCCCAUCCUGGGCGAGACGUUUCGCUGCUGCUGGCUCCACCCAGAGUCCGACAGCUGCACCUAUUACGUCGCUGAACAGGUCUCCCACCAUCCCCCCAUCUCUGCCUUCUACAUCAGCAAUAAGAAGGACGGCUUCUGCAUCAGCGGCAGCAUCUUGGCCAAGUCCAAGUUUUAUGGUAACUCUCUGUCCGCCAUCUUGGACGGUAAAGCCAGACUACAUUUUCUCAGCAGGGAUGAGGAGUAUGUCAUCACCAUGCCUUAUGCCCACUGCAAAGGAAUCCUGUAUGGCACCAUGACACUAGAACUGGGAGGGAAGAUCACAAUUGAGUGUGAGAAAACCAAAUGUGCCGCAGAGUUGGAGUUCAAGCUGAAGCCUUUCCUGGGUGGCGCCAGCUCGGUCAACCAGAUCUGUGGGAAGAUCCAGAUCGCAGAUGAGCUGGUCUCUACUGUGGAAGGCCACUGGGACGGCGAGGUGUAUAUCCAGGAGAAGCGCAGCGGAACGCAGGAGCUGCUCUGGAACCCGAGUCCGGAGGUCCGAAGCAGCAGGCUCAAGAGGAAGGUGGUCCAUGCGGACCACCAGGGGGAGUUUGAGUCUGAGAGGCUGUGGCAGCACGUGACCAGCGCCAUCCAGGACCGGGACCAGAACCGGGCCACCCAGGAGAAGUUUGUCCUGGAGGAAGCGCAGCGGAAGGAGGCCCGGGAGCGGGGGGACAAGCCCUGGAGCUCCCCGCUGUUCCACACGGACCCCGUCAGCGGAGAGUGGUCCUACCGACACAUAGAGACCCAGGCGUGGGACCCCGAGACCUGCCUGUCUCAGUUCGAGAAGGACGGCGUGAUCCAGACCCACAUGAAGGCCAGCCAGCGCCGGCACAACGGCCUCCUGUUCAGCCACGGCUGGGACGGAGCGCAGCAGGCGAAACACCGGAAGAGCAGCAGCCAGCCCUCCAGCUGCAGCCAGAACACUGAGAGUAGUGGCAGCACUCCAGAGCCAACACACUCCUCUGACAAUGAAGACGCUGGGUAUCCGAGCCAAUGCGCUCGGUGUAGCAAGGAGAUGAAGGAGCUGGCCGGGGUGGGGAGCUCCAUCGCCUCCAUACAGAAGGGCCAGCAGGACAUCCAAAGGAACCUGGCGUCGCUGGGCCGCCAGCUGGCCCGCCAGCAGGGGGUGGAGGAGGGCGUGUCGCUGACGGGGCGCCACUGCCUGGUGCUCUGCGUGCUGCUGCUGUCCCAGCUCCUGCUCAACUACGUCCUGACCUGAACCCCCCCCCUAGAUCCCCCCCGCCCGGCCCCCUCCCCCGACAGAAGCAGAAGGACUGACUCUACGUGUGUGUGUGUGUGUCACUGGGGGGGGAGGGAGGGGGAGCACUCAUGGGCACCACAGCAAUAAUCCCAGACACAGACCCCGUCUCUCUGCCCCCCCGGGACCAGGGGUGGCGCCCCCUAGUGUAGCCGGCUGGGACAGCACGGGCGCCGCGUGCACUUUGGUCGGAGGAAUCGCCACGGAGACGCAGAAGGACGUUGCUUCGAGGAGACGGGCAAAACAGAACGUCCCCCCAUCCUUUGGACGGGUCUCUUCUAGAACACCCUGCAAUACUGUCGGCCUGUGAGCGUCCGUUUGUCCGCGUGUCCGUGUUCAUUCUUCGGAGGGCCCGUUCCCCGGGACUCCUCGUUCUCCUCGUUCCCAUUCCAGUCCCCUGGGCCUUAUUGCUGAAGCCAAAAAAAAUAAAGAAGCGGAAGACGCGGACGUUCGACGCGAGGCAUCGGGAGCGCCGCCCGAGAGGAGAGCAGCAACUUCCAAACGCGCGGCCCGGUCUGCUUUCUAACGGCGUGUGCUCAGAGACGCGCUGUCCUCUGUCUGUCCUCUGUCUGUCCUCUGUCCGUCCUCCACGUCUUUCUAACGAGGAUGAUUUUACCAAAACAGUAUUUGUAAUCAGAGGACAAACGUGUUCUUGUUUACAGCAGCGGGCGGGAAAAAAGAGCUCCGGCUUCGCCAAAGCAAAAGUCCCCGCCGUGUUUUCCGGCUCCGCCCCCCGUCGCCGUGCCAGGCGAUGUUCCUCUAGGGGGCGCUGUUCCCGUGUCAGAAGCACGAGGCCAACGGGGGGCUUUUACUUUGGGAAGCGCGGACGUUUUCCGCCGCUGGUUUACAGGAAGCCCCCGUCCUUCCCCCCGGAGCGUCUAGAACCGGACGUUCUGCGGGGGGCGGCGCGGCGCGGCGAGCCGAUCCGUGUGUCUUUGUAGUAUCUGUGCCUGUAGCACCGUCAGAGGUAGGUUUAUAGCAUAGCACUGCUCUGUACCAGACCAUGACACUAGUGGUAUCAAUCAUUUCCAUAGCAACG